CUGUGAUGUGCGGUGCAUGACUCAUGUGGAGCAAGCUUUUUCAGCCUCGUGAACCAAAAGUGUUCGCCGGAUGCAAAUGACAUCGCAAUAUGGAGAAGAUUGUUUUAAUCGCUAUUUUGCUGAUAUACUUUUUGCUUAUCACUAAGCAACCUGUGUAUUGUCGAGAUCAUCGCAAACAUGGCCAUCUUUCACCAUAUCUGGAGCCUCCUCCUCCAAGAUCCAUCAGAACAAUUCCACCACUUCACAAGCGCCCUCCAGCUCAUAAAUCAGGGCAUCAUAGUAUCGGGCCUCCACAUAAAGAUCAUCCUAGUGCAAAUUCCGUUCUGCCAAACCUCUCGAAAUGGUUUUCGUCCAGUGGAAAGCAAGAUAAAGAGAAGGCUGCUUCGGGAAUAGCUUCAAAAUCAGUGCUGCAAACCAGAUCGCAUGAUUAUGCUGUCGAAGAGUCUAAAUGUAAUCCUUGUAAUAGCGUUCCAUGGAUACCAAUUGUGGGCAGUCAUCGACCUAAACAGCUCGAUCUGGGAUUCGAUCAUCAACAACACGAACAGCCUGAGGAUUUCGCCGGAAAUUCGUAUUAUUCGUCUUUCAACGAGAUGUCUUCCAAUUUGAAACCCAUCAAUGUGAUUCCUUCACCUUUUCCAAUGUAUUUUGGCACCCCUGUGUAUAAUCCAGAACUGUCCCAUAAUCAUUUACCGGCUCAAGAUGUAUCCCAGAAUCAUUAUCAAGUUCAGGAUGUAUCUCAGAACCAUUUCGCAGCCCAAGACAUAUCGCAGACAUUCCAUGGCCAAGACUUUGCUCAAAAUCAUUUCCAAAGUCACACUUUACCCGAGAACCAAUACCAAACUAUCGAUUGGGGCCAUAAUGCUGCUGCUCCUGUUGCCGGAUUUGGCGCCACGUGGAACGCAGCUCCAUCCUAUACAGCUUCGGGAUCAGAUAAUGUGCACGAGCCUAGUUUAUAUAGUCCUCAAGUAGGCCCUCAGUCAGGCCAUGUUGCCAACCAUUUCAAUACUUCUGCAGAUCCUUGGCUAUACGAGUCGAAAGUUAUGCCAUUAUCACACUACGUGUUAUCGGUGGAUCACCCGUUGCAAAUAUACCAGACGCCAUUGCUGGAUGUGCCAUCGUACCAGGUACCCCCUAGUCCAGGAGCAGACUUACCUUUGCAUGUGCAAAAUCAAGUUUUCCAGCCAACCCAGGCUCCUGCUCCGGUUCACGAAGAGCCAGUAGCGAACCAUUUCACAUCAUCGACCGGAGCUGAUGGUACCAAUGACCGGUAUCGACCAUUGGCUCAUAAUUCCUUAUUGGAUGAUGCCAAAUACUCUUCGAGCGAGAGUAAAUUUUCAUCUGUAGGAGCCGAAGGUAAUCAUGUAAAUGAUACUUCCGCAUCGACUGAUUUCUUCGAGAAUAUUACCAGUUCGUUGAUCGAGUAUCUGACUCCGCCUAAUCUCAGCCCUAAUACCAAUGAAGAAUGGGUCUUCGAUGCGGAACCAGAAACACCCAAGAAAAAGAAACAGAUACAAAUCGUUAUACCUUAUACGAUAGAUAAAUCCAAAGGUAUCCAAUACAAAAACUCCUCUUCAAAUUCAUGGAGCACUGAGCGAUCCCUGUCGCAGAGAUUACGCGAUAUGUGGGGCCCUUUUACCGAAACCACGACCCCGUUGCCAAUCGUCAGCUACUUAAAAUCCAACUCGAACGUAUCUGCGAGUAAACCGUCCCUGGGCAAUCCUCCCAAACGUCAAGAAUGGUCGGACAUGUUAAGACUGCAGAAAGCCAUCGACACGUGGACUGUCGAAGGAUACUCGAACCAUAAACAUAAACAAAACGAAUACUAUUUUCAAAAAGUAAUCGCAUCUACGUUACCUCCCUCGAAAGAAAUACCAUCCGAUUACCUGGCCAGCACUGUAUCCUACCUGCAUGUCCAACCUGUACACAACUUUAGAGGUGUACGUAACCAGAUACCUGUGAUCGAAGAAAAGAUGCACCAAGAACCGUUACACCUGACCAACUCCUCCAAUUCUAAAGCAUGGGAAAAAUUGCCAGUUUCGGUGUCGCCUCUAACAAAGGAGAAAGUAUACAUUGUUACGCCUUUACCGUUAAAAUCCUAUAAUUUUAGCGCCGAAGGUGUUGUCGAAAAUUGGCCCUGAGGUGGUCUUCGAGAUGAGACGAUGCGGAGACGUCGUCGUUGCAAUACGUCCUCUAGUUUUUUCUUAUGAUUUAUACGCCCGGUACCCGGUGUUUUUAUGAAACAUUUAUGUAGUAUCGACUUGUGCCAUAAUUAUAUGUACGUACAGAGAGAGAGAGAGAGACGUACCUCAACGUGUGCUCGUAAAUGUAAUGUGUAAUUUCUAAUUGGAUUUGCCAUGUUUUCAAAUCAAUAAUGUGCUUGUACGUAAGAUUUUAUAUUCGUACUGCAGUUUGGUGUGCAUUGGGGGGUUUGAUCGGGGUUCGUUUUAGGUUGAUAUGGUUAGUAAUUUCAAAUGCAGUCUGUUUGAUGCUUGUUCUCAAUUUAUUCAAUAUGAAGAAUGAGUGUUUAGAAGGAUCUUCGAUGAUCAGGUAUUUUACUACGAGUACCAAAGAUUUGUUGAGUUCAAUGCUCCUGAAAAAUGCUUCAUGUAGGUACCUACUGCAGAGGUCUCAAUGUUGACCGUGAAAGCAAAAUUCAAAACUCCAAAAAUACGGUUUCAGUUUUCUUCUUUCUUUCUUCUUUUUCUCUCUUGAAAUAAGAAUUUUUUACUUGAAUAAAACUGAAUAAAUAAGUAGGUACGUACCUACAUAUUAUUUUUUUUUAUGAUUUUUUACUUAAGUAUUGGUACAUUUUUCCUCUGUUUUUUUUUUUUUUUUUUUUUUUUUUUUAAAGUA